CAGUCGACUCGAGAAACGGUCAUUCUUCGGAAGAGUGCCGUUCUGCUGCACUUCACGUCGCUGCGCUGGAACAUCAAACAUCAUGAUGGAACCGCCGGCGCUGCCGUUCUUCACGUCGCUCUUCGCCGAGGAGCGCCUCGAGCUUGCCGCGCCCCGGCGAGGGCCCCUCGCGAAACCGCAAGAGAACGCCGCAGCGCGCCACGAAACGCACGGUCAUAAGAAAACUGUCGAUCAGCUGGAGAAGAACGACCCGAAAAAACAGAACUCGUCAACGACCCCGCGCCUUUUUGCGACUCCCAAACCCCUCGCACUUGUCGCAACCCUCUCAGUUCUCACGCAUCUCGUGAAUCCCCCCGCCGCGGCGCUUUGCCGAACCCUGCAUUCGUCGCGAAGCCAAACUUGCUUUCGAUUCCCGCUUCCUACGUCCCGGCCCGGGGGCAAGGGCAAGUGAGCAGCACCACUACUACCGCCGCGGUUUGCGGUAUGACAAGGGUUUGCGAUAUGGCAAGGCCCAACCGCACUGGGUGUGGCGCCCGUCUGGGAAGCGAUUCGAACACCCUUCGAGUCCCGAAGCCCGUGGCGGCUCUGGCGCAGCGCCUGGCGGCGCAACCAGCGGCGCGGCUUGCGCCGCACGCUAAACGACCGCGCCAUGAAGACGACCGUCGAGGAAUCGAGGAGGAGGGGGAGUCCGCCUCGGAGGGAGAGGACGAGGAGGAAGAGAAGGUGGAGAAGGGAGAGGGUGGCCGUGCUUUCAAUAGUCCACGUAAGCUUUGUGUGACGUCACCAUCGCGUCAGCAGCCUGACGGGGCGUCCGCGGCUCCCCGUGUCAACCCCCCAUUCGAAGUCAAAGCCGCGCAAGCCCCCACCCCCUCCCUCUCCAACUCUUCCGCGGCGCAAAGGUCCCCCGCCUCUUCCAGUAGGCCCGGCGCCAAGGCGCCGCGCAAGCUCCGGCUGCGCCUGCCGCCCGCGCAAGUCAAAGUGCUCGAGUCGCACUUCACGGAAAUCGAGCGCGAAAUCAGCUACGAGACGCGACUCGAGCUGGCGACUCGGCUCGAUAUGAAGCCACGUCAGGUCGCGGUUUGGUUUCAGAACCGGCGCGUGAAACACGCGACGAUGAUGAGGGAGGGGGAGCUGUCGCGGUUACGCGCGGAGAUGGCGCAGGCGCGGGCGGAGCUGGCGGAACUGCUGAAGGCGAAUGAGCGGGCGAAGCGGGAGAUGGGGGAUUUGGCGGGGGAGCACGCGGAGCUGAAAUCGAAAUACGACGAGCUGUUGGUUUCGACGAAAAGAAAACUGCCCGAUAACGAUUCGAUGAAUGCGCCUCCGCAUAAACGCGCAAAGCAGGAAUUUCCGGAGCCCGCUCGCGCUUCCGCAGGCUCCGCCGAACAGAGUGACGCGCGUCAAUGCGGGGAGCGAAUUUCGCCCUCUGCCGAGGAUGGUUCCGCUAUGAACUGCUCUGAUAAGAGUGGGUCAAAGGCUUUAGCUGCAGCUGCAAAGCUUCGUCUUAGAGAGGCAUUCGAAAAAGAUUCUGAGGAUUGUGCUAUGCAAGAAGUGGGGAGGCAACAAGCUACAAAUGGAGACAGCAAAAACGGGGAUGAGGACAGCAACAAGGGUGAGGAAGGAAACAGCCUCAUGGUAAGCGGCUCCCAGUCCCAAACUACCACCGUGUUACCAACCCGAGAAGACAAUCUGUCGAGGUCAUCCGCUACACUCACACCUCAUACAAGCACAUGCACAAGCCAUCAAGCCCGGAUCAAGCCGAUGGAAUUCAUCUCCCCUCUUCCCACCUUCAACAGCGCACCACCCCACUCCCGCUCAACAUCCCCCUCUGCUGCGGCUGCGACUACUAGAACUGCUGCUGCUGUUACUGGUGCUCCCUCAACUUCUGCAGCUGCUGCUGCUACUGGUGCUACAGCUGGUUUGAAACCUGUGAAAGUGGUUCCAGUGCCACCUGUGGCUGUAGCCGCACUUGUGGCUGUAGCACCGGUACCCGUCAUCUUAACCCCAGCAGGACCAGGAGCCCAAGCUUUGACUGCUACACCUGGGGCGACUGUAGCAGGAGCAGCAGGUUGGCCAGUUGGAGCUGUAGCGUCAAGAGCACCCUUAUCUGGCUCAAGUGGCAUCCUGCCGUGUGCCACUGUUCAUGCUGCAAGUUUUCUGGGACAUAAUCCCGGGAUCCCUGUUCCUCAUGGUGCAAUUCCCGUAAUGCCAAGAGCAGCACCCCCUAGAAGCCUGGCCGCAAGAACGGCAAGAGCUGCAGCGGAGGCAGCGGCAGCAGCAGUGAGAGCAGGUAGAGCAGAGGCAGCUGCUGCUGCAGCAGCACAAGCAGUUGAAGCAGCAGCAGCAGUAACAGCAAGAUCAGCUGCAGUUGCUGCAUCAGGGGGUGCAGCAGUGGCUGCAGGACAGCAGAGAUCAGGAGCACACAGACAGGCGAACGGCCUAGCAAGGGUCAGCGAGGGGAGAGUUGCUGCAACUGCUGCAUCAGGGGGGCCGAUGGCCGCAGGGCAGCAGAGAUCAGGAGCACAUAGACAGGCGAACAGUCUAGCAAGGAGUGGGGAGGGAAGAGGCAUUGGUGGUGCUGAAACAGGACCACGCGAGUCGAAAGCAGCAGCAGCAGGAGGGAGGGGGAAAGGUGAGAUUGUGUUGAAUGAGGAGAUGGCAGAGAAAGGGCUUACAUUGAAGCUGUCACUAUAGAGAAGGGUGAUUUCUGGUCAGUCACAGUAAGAAGAACCUGCUAUGUGCUUGGUAGGUGUUCUAUUUUUGUCUGGUUUGGUUUGCUGUGGUGUGGUUUGAGUACCCAAGGAAGCUAGGAGCUAGAUAGAUUUACUACGGUUUGCCCAGCUGUCUUGUGGCACAGCACAGGCUGUGGCAGCUAUAAGGUGUCUAGCUUAGAGAGCACGUGCGUUGCAUGCAUUAGCUAUGAUCCACAUAUUCUA